ACCUCACUAGGACGCUCCAGCCAACCAAUCCCCCCUCUCUCUCUCUCCUCUCUCUCUCUUUCUCUCUCUUCUCUGUUUCUUGUAGCAAAGAAAAAACAGUAAGUGUGCCCCCCUCCCUGCCUAAAAUCUUUAGGCCUCUAAUUUUUUAAAUGCUUUCUCCAGGUGUCUGAUCACCCCUUAUUCAAUGUUACAUUUAUUGCUCCAUGAAUUCGUGAAUCAAAGCAAAAAGGUUGUCUAAAUUAGUUUGUAAGAAAGAAAAAGGAUGAGUUCUGAUGUUGGUGUGGGUGUGGGGGUGAGCCCUGGUAAUGUUCCAGUCUACCAUGGGAGCAAUUUGAAGGUUCUUGACAUGAGAGUGAGGCUAGCAGAGCUAAUUCUUAGGUGUGUGAUUUGUGGGCUAGCCAUUCUUUCUGCUGUUCUUAUAGGCACCGACACUCAGGUUAGAGAAAUCUUCACUAUAAGGAAGAAGGCCAAGUUUACUGACAUGAAAGCCCUUGUUUUCUUGGUAAUAGCUAAUGGGUUAGCAGCUGCAUACUCACUGGUUCAGAUUUUGAGGUGUGUUUUGAGUAUGAUUAGAGGGACUGUGUUGUUCAACAAGCCCUUGGCUUGGGUCAUUUUCUCCGGCGAUCAGUUGAUUGCCUACUUGACUCUGGCUGCGGUGGCGGCUGCUGCACAGUCAGCAGUGUUUGCGAAAUUAGGUCAAAUGGAGCUCCAAUGGAUGAAGACCUGCGAUUUGUACGGCAAAUUCUGCAACCAAAUCGGAGAAGGUGUUGCGAGUGCAGUAAUUGUGUGCCUCUCCACGGUUGUGCUUUCGGCUAUUUCUGCUUUCAGUCUGUUUCGUUUGUACGGAGAUAAUAAAGAAAAGAGCAGCGGUGGAUGGUAAAAAAAUACUACGAGUGCAACUUAUAUAUAUGUGUAUGUAUGUAUAUGUAUAUGAUGUACCAGUUGUUGGUUAGUUUUUCUCUUUGAACAUGAAGAAAAAUGUAAUGCUUUUUUGUUGGUUUUAUGAAGAAAGGUUGUCUUGUCUGUGUAUUGUGAAGCUGCUUCUUCUCUGUGGACAUGUUUAUGUAUUAACACUGUUAAAUUACUGUAUUAUUACUUUUAACAUUCUA